GGAGGAGAGCUUUGUGCAGCACGUGAAGGUGCUCUUCUUCUCCGGCGAGGAGGCUGCAACGGUGGGGGUGCGCCCGGACUGGCGUGCGGCAGAGCUGAAGCGGGCGCUCAGGCCCUUCCUGGGCAAGGGCACGGCAGUCUCGGGACUCAUCCAUGGAGGGGACUUGCUGGCGGACGAGGAUUUGGUGGCGCCCCGGCUGGCAGACGAGCCCCACCUCCACGUGACGGUCCGGAAGUGCUGCUUUCUGGUGGAAUGUGCUGGCGCAGAGGUGGUGAACGGCUUCUACGUGCGGAAGGAAGGGGAGCUUUGCGACGCACCCGUCUACGUCAAUGAAGCUGGCAUCCUUCUGUUCAAGUAUCAGAUGGCGCGGGGCACCACCUACUGGUACUUCAGCCGCGACGGGGACCUCAACAAAAGCGACGGGGACUUCUACCGCGCCAAGAGCUCGGAGAGUUUGCCGCCCAGCGAGGGCUGGAACUUCGAGGCGUGCCCGCUGGGCCGCAACACCCGCGUUCCCAGCCUCACUUUCUGCGGGCACCUGGAGGAGGACCAGGAGUCGACGGAUGUGAGCAGCUCUGAGCAGGAAGGUGCAGAGACCUCGUGA